CUAUAUAUAGAGACAUAGAGGCAUCUCUUUAAUUAGCCCAAGCUACCAACAUACCCAAUUUAGAAUAUCAGCACGCUUUAAAGCUCCAAUAUCCAACUUCGUCAAUGGCUCCUGUACUCAUUCCUCCCAUCAAGAUCGGCCACAUAGAUGAUGUUCAAGAGCUGACAAAGGUUAGACCAACAACGGUCCCAGAGAGGUAUGUCCGAAACAUGGCUGAGCGGCCAACGGUACCCACCUUCUCAUCCCCAUCUCAAUCCCUGGACAUUCCAGUUAUCGAUCUUUCUAAGCUUGUUCAAGGCGGUGAUGAUGAAGCAGCUCGGAGAGAACUAAUGAAGCUCGCUGCCUCCUGUGAGGAGUGGGGCUUUUUUCAGGUUAUAAACCACGGGAUUGACAAGGAUCUGCUGGAGCGUAUAGAAAAGGUGGCAACGGAUUUCUUCAUGUUACCACUGGAGGAGAAACAGAAAUAUCCAAUGGCACCAGGGACCAUCCAGGGCUAUGGCCAUGCCUUUGUGUUCUCGGAGGAUCAGAAGCUGGACUGGUGCAACAUGUUGGCUCUUGGGGUUGAGCCUCACUACAUUAGAAACCCAAAACUUUGGCCGACAAACCCAGCUAAAUUCAGUGAGACUCUUGAGAUGUACUCAACAAAAGUAAGGAAGCUAUGCCAGACUCUACUGAGAUUCAUAGCCAUGACCCUGGGCUUGAACCAGGAUACGUUCAAUGAUAUGUUCGGGGUGUCUGUGCAAGCAGUGAGAAUGAACUACUACCCACCAUGCUCGAGGCCUGAUCUCGUGUUGGGUCUGAGUCCACACUCAGAUGGAAGCGCCCUAACUGUGUUGCAGCAAGGCUUAGGUAGCUCAGUUGGCCUUCAAAUCCUCAAGGACAACACCUGGGUGCCUGUUCAACCCGUGACAAAUGCUCUUGUCAUCAACAUAGGGGACACCAUGGAAGUUCUCACAAAUGGGAAGUACAAGAGUGUUGAACACAGAGCAGUGACACACAAGGAGAAGGACCGACUCUCAAUUGUCACUUUCUACGCUCCAAGCUAUGAGAUCGAGCUCGGCCCCCUGCCCGAGUUGGUGGACGACAACCAUCCUUGCUUGUAUAGAACAUACUACCAUGGAGAAUACAAUCGCCACUACGUCACUAACAAACUGCAAGGGAAGAAAACUCUGGAAUUCGCCAAGAUUCAGACGACCAAGAUCUCAACUUAAGAUCCCACUCCUCGGUCCUCACCACACCACCUAUUAGAUUUUUAUGUGAAAAUAUGACAUACUGGUAGUAGUGUUGGUAGUUUGAUUUCAACUCUUGUGAAUAGGGUAGAGCCGAAAACAAAAAGCAUAGGUUCUGUACUUCAAAUCAGUCUACAUCUUUCAUAGGUAUUACUGUUUUAUGUAACUUUUCCUUUGUACAUUUCACGACUAUUAAUGGACGACUGUGGAGCCGCUUGCCUAUAUAAAACU